AUGAAACGAUGCACAUGUAUUUUUGUACUUGAUAAUAGCUUACCAGGUAUAAUAAAAUAUCCAACAGAUUUACCAUCAAUUUGUUGGCCAACGUCAAAAGAUUUUACUUGUUGGAAUCAUCUUCUAUCAAAUAUAACACGUAUACAUGUUAUUCAUAUGAAUCAUUUAGAUGUUGGUUACAAUGGUAUUCCAACAAUGGGUUUUAUAAAUAAUAUUCUCAAUAUAUAUUUUCAUCAAUAUCUUCCUCGUGCAGCUAUUUUAGCUGAACAAAUUCGUCGUAUAUCGCUCGAUGAUUCAUUUAUAUAUACGACACAUCCUUGGUUGUUAACUAUACGUACUGGUACAAUAGCAUGGCAUGCUGGUGCAAUGAAUAUGCAAUAUCAAUGGAUGAAUGAACGUGUAUUAAAUAUUUCUUUCGAUUUAUCUGUUUCAUUAGCAAAACGUUUUAAUGUUCCUGUUCCAUGUGUAAUUAGUCUACGUGAUGUACCUGGAAUUCCUAUAACAAUUAUUCGAUCAUUGAAUCAAUAUUUUUCACAAUAUUGCUCAUAUAGACUUAUGAUUACAGUUGGAGUUAAUGCUGGAAUAACUGGUUUUGAUAUACCAAAGGGUUUAUUUCGAUGGGGAACAAGUUAUCCCAAUAAUCCUGGUUCAACAUUUACAAAUCCAGGUGGUUUAUCUUUGAAUGAUCUUGUUAUUGUUCCACAGAUUGGUGUUGGUUUAGCAUUUGCAUUUCGUACUGAUAAUCAAGGUCCACCAAUGUCAAUUGCUGAAAUUCAUCAAACUUAUGAAAUUCUUCGUCAAUCAUAUCCAGGUGCUCGAAUUAUUGCAUCAUCAUUUCAAAAUUUUCUUGAAGAUAUAUCGACCAUAGGAGAUGAACUUGAAUUAUUUGAUCAUGAUAUAUCUAAUUUAUGGUUACAAGGUAUUGGAUCCUAUCCAAAGCGUAUUCAGCAAUAUCAAGCAUUACAAAGAGCUUUAAAUACAUGUUUUGAACGUAAUCUAUGCACAAUAAAUGACGAUCAAUUAAUUGAUGCUAGUCGAUAUCUUAUUAAAGUUCCUGUUGAUCCAACUGUUGUGUUCGAUAAAGCUGAAGUCGACGAAGCUGAAGUCGGUGAAGCCAGUGUCAAUAAAGUUGAAUUUAAUGAAGCUGAAGUUGUUGAAGCUGAAAUCGGUGCAGCUGAAGUCGGUGAAGCCAGUGUCAAUAAAGUUGAAUUUAAUGAAGCUGAAGUUGUUGAAGCUGAAAUCGGUGCAGCUGAAGUUGUUGAAGCUGAAGUCGGUGCAGCUGAAGUUGUUGAAGCUGAAAUCGGUGCAACUGAAGUUGUUGACGCUGAAGUCGGUGAAGUCAGUAUCAAUAAAGUUGAAGUUAAUGAAGCUGAAGUUGGUGCAGCGGAAGUUGUUGAAGCUGAAGUCGGUGCAACUGAAGUCGACAAAGGUACUGGUUCUUUAGCAGGAUCGUCACACGUAUAA